UUUCACUGUGAUCCAAGAAAAUCACUACCACUUUCUACCCACUGUCGUUAUGUGUUGUGUGGUUUGUGUAUGCCAAAUCGCCAAAAUGACCGAUCGAUUUUAAGGUUAACGUUAACUGAUCAAAACCAAAACAUUUUAAACAUUUUUUCUGAUCAUUAUAUUAAAAUAUCCGCGUUGUUUUGUAACUGCUAAGGUAAAACCAAACCAGAAAAUUAUGACAGAAAAUGUGUCAUUACCCUACGUACUUCAGCAUGAUAAGCACAUGCAUUGUUGCAAUACAAAUAAUGUAUGGAAUCAGUGAUUCACUGUUAACACCUGUGACAAACCACAAUCAAAAUAGAGAAGGAACUAGUCAUGAAAUGUUUUUCCAGGGUGUGAAUGCAAUACAUUUAACAGAAGCUGCAGAUGUGGAGAGCAAUACUGUGUACUUGCAAUAUGAUGAAAACAUGCCUCAGGUUUGUGUACAGCCUUACACUCGGUUUGAAACACAAGCAUUGGACAACAGUGUUAUGGAGAUACAAGAGCCAGCAACUGAUCCAGAGCUGAUUAACUAUGUGUAUGAAAUUGUGCGACCUGAUGAUCUCAAUUUAAAGCCUGUUUAUACGAAAAGGGGUCGACCAAAAAAGAAAAAACUCGAUUCUGAACCACUUGUAAGUGAUAAACAGAAGCCAUUACUGCCAGUAGUCAAAACACGAUCUGGCAGAUCAGUAAAGUUUCCUAAACAUAUUGGAAAAGACUUUGAGAAGGUAGAAGUAGACGUAGGAGGUGAUGAGACUAAAGAGGUGAAAACUACAGAGUUUGCCAAAUAUGCAGAGGACAAAGCUCAGGAUAAAGGGACCAAAGAGGAAAUAUCGUUGCAAGUACAUCAGAGGAAGAGGACUAUUUCGGCGCAGUAUCGCUGUCCUAAGUGUAAUAAAGCCUAUUUGGGGAAAAAGAAAAUGAUUCAACAUAUCCAAAAGUACCCAGAGCACGGCCCCAUGCCCCCAUCAACUGAGCUGAACUUUGACGUAUGGAACUACUUGGUGGAUGUCACUCAAAAGUGUCCGCCGGCACUUAGGGGGAUCAAGUUCUGUGAAGAGCUCACCAAUUUGCUGCAUAAUGUGCUUCUACUCACGAGCGCCCUAUUCAAGAAGGUGGAAUUGAACAAAAACCACGUGGAAGUUGAUAAAGUACUUGGAAAUGCUAUUGGGCUACCUCCAGGUCUUUACAAAUUCAAUGACACCGAGUUAUACAAAGAUGUCACUGUACUGAAGUUGAUCACUAAUACUGACUUUUUCAAACCUGUCGACACGAUGGUGGAAGAAAAAAUACCCGAAGAGAAUGAUAAGAAAAUAGCUUACAUGGAGCCAAAGGUAGAAAAAAUCGAUGCUGAACAAUUUAUAAAUAAGGAAGAUGGUACUAAGGAGAGAGAAGACUGUCAUAAAGUCGAGCAGAAGUCUCCUGAGAUGACUGAUGAGGCAAAACAAGAAAGGAUUGAUGUUGCGUUUACUAGUUGUACUGGUUUCUGCAUCGACAAACCUGACCCCCCACCUAAAGAAUACCCUGGGCUACCCCCCAUCGCCUCUAAGAAACUCUCGGAAUCUCAAGUCAACACUUUGUUACCUCAACCAACACUGGAUCUCAACAUAACAACCGACUGUGAUCUGACCAAAAUAAAAUCAACGAAUAUCGAACUGUUAUCAGACAAUUCCCUUCUUAACCUUCCUAACCUCAGGAAUGCAGUGGAUGACCUCAUUUUGCCUGGAGUAGACGGUGGAGGGAAUAUCUUGGAAAAUUCUGCCAGUUCAGAUGAAAUGAUGAAUGUGGAUCAGUUUGUGAAUGAGAGAUUCAAGAAGAUUACUGAGCCUGAGAUGGAGAUUAGCGGAUUAGAUUUGCCUAGUUUGGAUCUGUUCCAGUUUCACAGUAGUUAAUAUUUAUAUUGUCGAUUAUGCUUGUGAUCAGUAAAGUUUAAAAAGAUUGGAAUUGUUACAGUAUUGUUUACUUACCUUUUAUAUUUUUAGUUGUUAUAUGUUUAUAAUUAAUAAAUUGAGUUAAAAUGUG